ACAUUGUGCACUUCUGGGAGCCAAGUAGUACUGCAUUAACUCCAGCUCUGGCUGUAAGUUAACGAGUUACCUGGUUCUAUCCGCAACUCCAAGUGUGCCACUAGUUGUUCUCUGGAAUUUAGUGGUAUCGUAUACCUGAUAGUAAAUGUAAUUCAGGUGAAUUAAAUAAUUCUCUCCUAUGACUUCUAUCGUGCCAAGUGAACUAGAAAAUAAUUGUUUCCGUCAUUUCUAGACAUUUGGGUGAAGUUUUUCCUUAAAUUGUUGGACGUUAAGUGCGAUAUUCGUGGAAAUGUGUGUUUAAUAUUUUUGUCAAAUAGUUUGAAAUGAUUGGUAAUGAGCCAAGAAGAUACAAUAGUGUAGCCGGUUCCUACUCCUAAAAUUCAAAACGGUUUUGCAUGCAUAGUGCUCGAGAAGUUAGUGCACUUAUCUUCAAUUGAAACGGUGAUUUAGAUUAGAAGCCGUCCAGCGAGAGAUAAAAUAAAUCACUCCCGAUGUCAAAGAGAAGCUAAUUUCAACUAUGGAUUUCGAUCUAGUGUUGGAAGAAAUUGGCGAAUUCGGCCAAUACCAAAGAAUAAAUUACUUCCUCAUAUGUCUACCAGUAUUAUUCGCAUCAGCGAAUAGUUUGUCUUAUGUGUUCACAGCAGGGAUACCAAAUUAUAGAUGCUUCAUUCCAAACUGCGAUAAUCCAGAUCGACCACGCUAUAAUGAGCCAUGGGUCAACAACAGCGCACCUGGAGUGACGGAUAUAAAUGGCGUUUACGUUCCGCAGCAAUGUCGACGGUACAUUCAAAGGAUAGGAAAUUAUUCAAUUUCAAAUGAUACUUGCCCACAUAGUAUGUUUUAUAAUGAAAUUGAGUCUUGUAAGGAAUGGGUUUUUGAUGAAAAUGAGAGAACUAUUGUGCAAGACUGGAACGUAACUUGCUUCGAAAACCAAUGGAAAUUAGCAUUUGUAGGAACAAUGCAUUUUGCUGGUCUGAUUGUUGGAACAGCUUCAUCUGGAGUCCUGGCUGAUAAAUACGGUCGAAAAAUUAUUUUCACUGUGUGCAUCAUUUUCAUGUCUAUCACAGGCGUUCUCCAAGGUCUCGCCUGGGACUAUGGCAGUUUUUUGAUAUUUGCAUUUCUGAACGCAGUUGGGACUUCGGGAGUAUAUCCUUUAGCAUUUAUUUUAGCAGUUGAGAUGGUUGGUCCUAAGAAAAGAGAAAUGUCCAGUGUUUUACUCAAUUAUUUCUACGCGCUGGGAGAAGCAGCUGUUGGCCUUGUUGCUUGGCUUUCCAGAGAUUGGCAAAUCUUACAAUUUGUACUUUCGGCACCACCUAUCCUUUUUGCAUUUUACUAUUGGAUUAUACCAGAAUCGGUACGAUGGUUAUUAGCCCGAGAUUCCAAGGAUGAAGCAUUGGAGAUUAUCAGGAAAGUGGCAAAAAUAAAUGGAAAAGAAUUAAGCACUGCAAUGAUAUCGCGUUUCGAACGAAAGGAAAUGGAGGAAAUAGAUCCAGAGCAGAAAGCAAAUAAAAUUUCGAUUGUUCCAAUAACUCCUUUGGAGAAGGAUAUACAAAAGAGUGAAAUGCUUCGAACAUGUAAAGAAGCGAUGCAGUCUCGGAUCAUGGUGAUUCGAUUUAUUGUUUUAUUGUAUAUAUGGUUAGCUAACGCCUUCGUUUAUUAUGGUCUAUCAUUGAACUCCACUAGCUUAAGCGGAAAUAAAUACCUGAAUUUCUCGCUGGUUUGUCUGAUAGAAAUCCCAGGAUACUCCCUAGCAUGGAUUACAAUGAAUAAAAUCGGUCGAAGAUGGUCACUGGCAGGAUCAUUGUUCCUUUGCGCUAUAUGCUGCGCUGCGGGAGGCUUUCUUACCGAUGGUGCCGAUGGAUUAGGAACUACUUGGGUUGUGAUUACUAUGUUCUUGAUUGGAAAACUUGGAAUUACAUCAUCAUUUACUGUGAUUUUUGUUUACUCAGCCGAAAUGUUGCCAACGAUAAUACGUAGCGGAGGUGUUGGCACAUUGUCAACAACCGGGCGUUUUGGAGCCAUGAUAGCCACGUUUGUUCCCUUAUUAGGAACUUACUUCAAACCAUUGCCACUCCUCCUUUUUGGAGGUGUUGCUCUUUUUGGAUCAGCAAUAUCGCUGAUAUUGCCAGAAACAUUCCAAACGAAGUUGCCAGAUACGGUGGAAGAAGCAGAACAGAUUGGCAAAAAUAUAUAAUGUACAAAUAAGUAUAUUGUAAAUUAACAAAAAUAUUGCUGAACGCAUUAACUUGAACUUUUGCUGGAGCAUUUUUAUGUAACUUUUUCUUGUGGAAA